UUCCAUUUUCCUCCGCCUCUGGUUGUCAAGAAGAUGGCAGCUUCCAGGCAGGCAUGAGAGGAAAUACUUCUUCGCAAAUCGAAUGAAUUUGGAUUAUUAUCAUAAGAUAAGCCCUCUAACAAGUGCUUUUGCAACUACUGCAUCGAAAUAGAAGUCAUGUCUGCCCCUGGCUCCGCGGUGUCUGGGACCACAGUGUCGGUUCUGCAGCCCCGGUGGAAGCGGGUCCUCGGAUGGUCCGGUCCGGUUCCCCGGCCCAGACAUGGACACAGAGCUGUGGCCAUAAAGGAACUCAUGGUUGUGUUCGGCGGUGGAAACGAAGGGAUUGUGGACGAAUUGCACGUAUACAACACUGCAACAAACCAGUGGUUUAUCCCAGCAGUCCGAGGUGAUAUUCCUCCUGGUUGUGCUGCGUAUGGGUUUGUUUGUGAUGGCACAAGGUUGCUGGUGUUUGGUGGAAUGGUUGAGUAUGGAAAAUACAGCAACGAUCUCUAUGAGCUACAGGCUAGCAGAUGGGAAUGGAAAAAGCUGAAGGCAAAAAACCCCAAGAAUGGUCCCCCUCCUUGUCCUCGUCUUGGCCACAGUUUUUCCCUGGUUGGCAACAAAUGCUACCUAUUUGGUGGACUCGCCAAUGACAGCGAGGACCCAAAAAACAACAUUCCCAGAUACCUAAAUGAUCUCUACACACUCGAGCUGCGUGCUGGUUCCAGCGUGGUUGGAUGGGAUAUUCCGAUCACAUAUGGAGUUUUGCCUCCUCCCCGUGAGAGCCACACGGCUGUGGUAUACACAGAAAAGACGAGCAGGAAAUCUCGCCUGAUUAUCUAUGGAGGGAUGAGUGGUUGCCGUCUUGGAGAUCUGUGGACCCUCGAUAUUGAUACCCUGACAUGGAACAAACCAUCAGUAAAUGGGACAGCACCGCUCCCCAGAAGUCUUCAUUCUGCCACCACCAUCACAAACAAGAUGUAUGUUUUUGGAGGAUGGGUUCCUUUGGUGAUGGACGAUGUCAAAGUAGCAACACACGAGAAGGAGUGGAAGUGCACAAACACUCUUGCAUGUCUAAACCUUGACUCGAUGUGUUGGGAGACAGUGUUAAUGGAUACUCUUGAAGAUAACAUCCCUAGGGCCCGUGCAGGUCACUGUGCUGUGGCCAUUAAUUCCAGACUUUAUGUUUGGAGCGGUCGUGACGGAUAUCGUAAAGCUUGGAACAACCAAGUCUGUUGUAAAGACCUCUGGUACCUUGAAACAGAGCGGCCGCAUGCCCCUGCCAGGGUGCAGUUAGUCCGUGCCAACACAAAUUCUCUGGAGGUGAGCUGGGGUGCCGUCUCAACUGCUGACACCUACUUAUUGCAGCUACAGAAAUAUGAUAUCCCUGCAACUCCAGCCUCACCAGCCAUGAGUGCAGCGCCCUCGCAGCCUUUGAACUCUCCUAAGAGCCCGGCACCAGCUGCUGCAGCACCUUCUGCUCAAAGCCUACCACAGACAGGUACUAUAAAAAUGGCCUCUCUCCCCUUUCUGACUCCUCCAUUGUGUGGUAGUUCUCACUGCAAGCGUUAUCAUUGUUCCCUUUAUCUUGCAGCUGUUUUGAAGGUUGCAGCACAACAGUCUGCCACAGGCACAUCUCUUGUCACAGUCCGCCCCAGCCAGCCUGGGAAAUCCCCUGUCACUGUGACAUCCCUUCCUCCAGGUGUACGAAUGGUAGUGCCUGCCCAGACCACACAAGGAUCACCUCAGAUGAGUGGCAUGGCAGCUCUUGCUGCAGCUGCAGCAGCGACACAGAAGAUACCGCCUUCCUCUGCAGGCACUCUCCUCAAUGUUCCUGCAGGUGCUACCAUUCUUAAGACCGUAGCGAUGUCUCCGGGCACAGCCACAGUGAAAGUUGCUUCUCCAGUCAUGGUCAGUAACCCAGCCACACGGAUGCUCAAAACUGCUGCAGCUCAGGUGGGCACAGCAACUGGCUCCUCUCCCACCACAAGACCCAUCAUUACUGUCCACAAGUCUGGGGCAGUCACAGUGGCCCAGCAAGCCCAAGUGGUAACCACAGUGGUUGGAGGGGUCACGAAGACCAUCACCCUUGUUAAGAGUCCCCUCUCUAUGGGCAGCGGUGGCACAUUGAUCUCCAACCUUGGCAAGAUGAUGUCUGUGGUGCAAACCAAGCCAGUGCAAACAUCAGCGCACACAGGCCAGGCUUCAACUAACCCUCUCACACAGCUCAUACAGACAAAGGGUCCUUUACCAGCUGGCACCAUACUGAAGCUGGUGACCUCUGCAGAUGGCAAGCCAACAACCAUAAUUACAACUUCCCAGGCAGGAGGAACAGGAAAUAAGCCCACUAUCCUCAACAUCAGCGGUGUCUCUCCUUCCACCACAAAGCAGGGCACCACCAUCAUUAAGACUAUCCCCAUGUCAGCCAUCAUGAGCCAGUCUGGAGCUACAGGUGUGACGAGCAGCACGGGCAUGAAAACACCAAUCACGAUCCUUACCACAAAGGUGAUGACCACUGGAACUCCUGGUAAAAUCAUCACCGCAGUGCCCAAACUUGCCACUGCAGCCGGCCAGCAGGGACUCACACAGGUGGUUUUGAAAGGUGCGCCUGGGCAACCUGGUACUAUUUUGCGCACAGUGCCCAUGGGCACAGUGGGUGGUGUUCGACUUGUUACACCGGUGACAGUGUCUGCAGUUAAGCCAACUGUCACCACUCUAGUUGUCAAGGGGACUACUGGUGUCACCACUCUUGGAACAGUUACUGGUACAGUCUCUUCUAGCUUGGCAGGAGGCGCAGUGGACAGUUCCAACGCUUCUUUGGUUACCCCCAUCACCACACUGGGUACAAUUUCUACCCUGUCCAGUCAGGUGAUCAGCCCAUCUUCCAUAACUGUGUCAGCUGCUCAGACAAGUUUGACCUCUGCCUCAUCACUGCCCUCCUCUACAAUCACAGUUCAGAACCAGCCCACCCAGGUGACUCUAAUCACAACCCCCAGUGGUGUAGAAGCUCAACCCGUGCAGGAUCUACCAGUGUCGAUCCUUGCUUCACCAACCUCGGAGCAGCCCAGCUCUGCUGAGGCUGGAGCAGCUGGAGAGGGCUCUGGGACCGUCACCUUGGUCUGCUCAAACCCGCCCUGCGAGACCCACGAGACUGGAACCACCAACACGGCCACCACCUCCUCUGCCACCAUUGGAGCAGGAAAGGUCUGUUCCAAUCCGCCCUGCGAAACCCAUGAGACUGGAACAACCAACACAGCCACCACCUCCUCUGCAACAAUGAAGGCAGGACAGGUGUGCUCGAACCCCCCCUGCGAGACCCAUGAGACUGGAACAACCAACACAGCCACAACUGCAUCUUCGAACAUGUCCACUCCGCGUAUGUGCUCCAACCCACCAUGCGAGACUCACGAAACUGGGACAACUAACACAGCUACUACAGCCUCGUCUAACAUGGGAGCAGCCCAAAAGGUGUGCUCCAACCCACCCUGUGAGACCCAUGUGACGGGGACAACCAACACAGCCACCCAGUCUUCAUCAAACAUGAGUGCAGGCCAAACAGGCACAGCUCAGAGGGUUUGCUCAAAUCCACCCUGUGAAACACAUGAGACUGGGACCACCAACACCCCAUCUACAGCCACCUCCAGCAUGGGAGGUAGCGAGCAGACCAGCACAGCAACAGGCACGGUCCAAAGGGUUUGCUCCAACCCGCCCUGUGAAACCCACGAGACUGGGACCACCAACACAGCCACCACUGCCACCUGCACUAUGGAGACAGGCGAAGGCACAGCCACCCAGCAGACAGAAGAAGGAGCAGAAGGUCCCAGCAGCACAGAGGCAGCCUCCACCACCGCGGCGGCAACUGGCCCAGCUACCACCGCCCAGGGCAGGGCAAUCACUACUGUCACUCAGUCGACACCAGCUCCUGGACCCUCUGUACCUUCAAUAUCAUCAAUCACAGAGGGGGUGAGCACUGCUGCAAGCUCUACAGAGGAACCAAUGCAAACUGAUGAGACAGCAUCAGCAGAAGCUGCAACUGCAGAGGAGGGAGCUACUGCCAUGGAGACACAAGCACAGGGAGAAGCAGCCACUGGAACAGCUUUGAAUCUGCCCUCAGAGCUGAUGUCUGAGGGUCAGGGAGCCACACUUAUGGUGACUGGUCUUUCAGACGAGGAGCUGGCCGUGACUGCAGCAGCAGAAGCCGCUGCUCAGGCAGCAGCCACUGAAGAAGCCCAGGCUCUUGCUAUCCAGGCUGUCCUCCAGGCAGCUCAGCAAGCCGUAAUGAAUGAAAGCGGUAACACUGGAGAGAGCCAGCAACCCACCAGCAUCCCCAUCAUGCUGACCCAGCAGGAGCUAGCAGCACUGGUCCAGCAGCAGCAACAGCUACAGGAGGCUCAGGCUGCUGCGCAGCAGGCUAGCGUGGACGCCAGCAUGCCCACUGAAGGCCUUGCCCCUGCUGACAGCCUCAAUGACCCCUCUGUCGAAAGUAAUGGACACAAUGAGAUGGCUGCCGCAGUGACCAGUGCUGUGGCAUCACUGCUGCCACGGACCACUGCUGAAACGCUUGCUCCAUCGAGCACAUUUGCGCCGUCUGUAUCGGUGGCAAGUCCAGCCAAGCUGCAAGCAGCAGCUGCUUUAGCAGAGGUUGCCAAUGGCAUCGAGGGAGAGAAGCCGAGUCCUCAGCCAACUCCAGUGAAGCCUGUUAUAAAGAAAGAGAACCAGUGGUUUGAUGUUGGAAUUGUGAAAGUGACAAAUAUGGUUGUUACCCACUUUUAUGUGCCAGGAGAUGAUUCGCAUGGAGAUGAUGACUCUGGCAUCAUGCCAGACUACAGCCAGAUGAAGAAAAUGGAGCUGCAGCCUGGAACUGCUUACAAGUUUCGUGUUGCUGGAAUCAAUGCUUGUGGCCGUGGAUCUUUCUCAGAGAUAUCUGCUUUCAAGACUUGCCUACCGGGCUUCCCAGGGGCACCCUGCGCUAUCAAAAUCAGCAAGAGCCCAGAUGGUGCACACCUGACCUGGGAGCCACCCUCGGUGACGUCAGGAAAGAUCAUCGAAUACUCGGUGUACUUGGCCAUCCAGAGCAGCCAGACAGCUGAAGCCAAGGCCUCAACUCCGGCACAGCUAGCCUUCAUGCGCGUGUACUGUGGGCCCAACCCAUCAUGCUUGGUGCAGUCAUCAAGCCUCUCCAAUGCCCACAUCGACUACACUACCAAGCCAGCCAUCAUCUUCCGUAUUGCCGCUCGCAAUGAGAAGGGUUAUGGCCCUGCCACCCAAGUUCGAUGGUUGCAAGAAUCCGGCAAAGAUGCUGCAUCGGCAAAACCAGCCCCGAAAAGACCAGGCACCUCUCCUGACACCAAGGCUACUGGUCCAAAGAAAGCAAGGACGGAUCAGUGAGGUUGCCCAGAGAUCCCUCCCAGUCUUUUGUCCUUUUUUUCACUUGCUGUCCUUUUAUCAGGAAGACUGACCUUCACCCCUCCUCAUCCUCAUCGUCCUCUCAUCCUCCACCCCUCAAGUCUCAGAUCAGGACAGCAGUGGAGGCAGAUCAACUGAAUGAUGCUGAGAUGAAAGUCAAUCUGAGAUGUUUCUGUAGAUAAAAACCCUCCUUCCUCCUUGUUCUGUUGGUCGUACUAUUUUUAGAGCAACACAAAUUUAGAAGCACAUUACCUUUUUUCAGUCACACCCCCCCUCUAUCAUUUAACCUCUACUUUGGCUUGUUUCGGUAGUUGAGCAGUAUAGAAAAGCAUUUACAUCUUUCACAAACUGGCAGCCAGCCUGAGCGCAAUGUUAUAUAUAUAUUUUUUGUCUUUUUGUUUUGUGAAUCCUGGGGGUAUGUAGAGAGAGACUACAUGAAAUGAUGUUCAGAGAUGAAAAAGGCUGUGGAGGCAGGAGUUUAGAUGAGAGGAAGAAUCGGAAUCAAAUAAAGCACUUGUCCUCUAUGAAAGAGGACAUCAUUUUUCUCCUUUUUUGCUGAAAACAAAUUUGCUUCAUCAACAACCAAGUCUAUAGUCCCCGUACUGGACUCCAGUCAACUGGUAAUGUCAUCACUGUGCGCUUUUAACCCCAAGAUGAGGACUGGUGGCCGACACUUCAGAAUGGACAACAAAGAAUGACAAAGGAAGAGGUUCAUAGAGAAGGAACGACAGACUUUGAUGGGACUGAGACUUGCAGCACACAACGUGAAAAAUCCUCCCCAAAAAAAUAGCAAGCAAUGACACAGAAGAUCUUUUGUGUAGUUUAUUUUUGUAUUUUUAAGCUUUUCUUUUCCUCCUGUGUGUAUGUGUAUGUUGAGUGCAUUUUAAAGAAGAAAAAAACAUCACUUUUUUUUUUUUUUUAAACUGUUGUUCAUCCCCAUAGUUUGUGUUUGUGGGAAGAUGGGUGGCUUUGUUGAGGUUGCCACUAUAUUUUUAAAAAUCUUCGUUCAGUUGGUUGUAUGUUCUUGAUGUUAACAGAUGGUAAUGAAAGAGAGAAAGAGUUUUGUAUUUGUUCCAAGUAGAACCGCAGAGGUGAUAGGACUGAAGGGAACUUUGAAGUGGACCCAGGGAGAGGAGAGUUUUUACUUUGUUUACUACUCAGUGCUUGUGUUGCUUUGUUUGCCAAAUCUGAAAUUUCACAGGGUAUGAAGAAAAAAACACCAUCAGAUCUGUUCAUGCCCUCCCCUUAAUAUCCCCAUCAGCUGUCCUACACUUUUUAUGCUCAUGAAUGUGGUCUCGCACCUCUUGUUUAAUUUUUAGAUGGGGGAAUUAUAUUAGUAGGCAUACUUUUCCUAUCCUAUUGAUGUUUGUGAAUCCAUUUAAUAAAUUUUUAAUUUUUGUCCUU